CUCUGUGGUCGCUGGGUGGACCGCUUGCUGUAAAUGUUAACUUUGAACUGUACCCUUAACAUUACUGUUAAAACUAUAUGAAGUGUGGUUGAGUAUCGGAAAAGCCGCGGACGACGCAGAACGCUCGUUCAUUUUUUUUUGUAUUCUUUAAUUAGCUCAUUUUUUUUAAUCGUCGUCUCUUGGCAACAGCGAGCGCGCCCGACAGGACCAAGUGUCUGAUCCCCUGGAGGAUGGAUGUUCUGGAAAACAUGGGCGAGGAAUGGAGGGAGUUGGAGGCGUCGGCCAACAAAGGAGCCAUCAUAAACGUCAGCCUUGGCUCCGCCAAUGACACCAACAUGACCUUUUUCCCCUAUUAUCAGCACUCUCUGUACGUGGCCGCCAGCUACAUCCUGGCCUACUUCUUCAUAUUCCUGCUGUGUAUGGUGGGGAACAUCCUGGUGUGUCUGAUUGUUUUGGAAAACCGUCGAAUGCGCACGGUCACCAAUCUCUUCAUCCUCAACCUGGCCAUCAGUGACCUGCUGGUGGGCAUCUUCUGCAUCCCUACCACGCUGGUGGACAACCUCAUCACAGGUUGGCCCUUUUCCAACAUUGUGUGCAAGAUGAGCGGCUUUGUGCAGGGAAUGUCUGUUUCCGCCUCGGUCUUCACUCUUGUCGCCAUCGCCGUUGAAAGGUUUCGCUGCAUCGUGUUCCCUCUGCGACCCAAGCCCAGCAUUCUCGUGGCCAAGGCCGCCAUCGUGUUGAUCUGGGUGCUGGCGGUCGGGAUCAUGUGUCCCGCCGCCGUGGCGCUGACCGUCGAUAGGGUCCCUUACCACACCAUGGUGCACGACGGCGACUUCAACCAGACGUUCCCCCUGUACACCUGCUACGAAAACUUUGCCAACCCCCAGAUGAGGAAAGUCUACACGGCGGUUCUGUUUGCUCACAUCUACCUGGCGCCGCUCACCGUCAUCACGCUGAUGUACGGGGCCAUCGGAGGCAAGCUGUGUUCUUCCGUGGUGGCGAACAGAGAGCCGCAGCUGGCCGACGCCGCGGUGCAGGCCAGGCGCCGAAGGCCCGGUCAGCCCAUGAUCUCCCAGAAGAAGGUCCGGGUGAUAAAGAUGCUGAUCCUGGUGGCGUUGCUUUUCAUGCUGUCCUGGCUGCCGCUGUGGACUCUCAUGAUGAUGACCGACUACGCGGGCUUGGACAGGCAGCAGCUGGACCUUCUGACCAGCUACAUUUUCCCCUUCGCCCACUGGCUGGCUUUCUCCAACUCCAGCGUCAACCCCAUCAUCUACGGCUACUACAACGAGAACUUCAAGAGGGCCUUCCAGGCCGUGUGCAAGACCAGGCCCCUCUGCUGCCUCCCCCGGUGCGACCUGUGGAAGAGGACGGCCAGGAGGGGCCGCAAAAACCGGCCCGGGCCGGCGCCUCGCGGGGCGGCCGACUUCAGAGACGUCAUCAGCAAUUACAACCAGCUCAUCAUGGGGCUGAGGAACCGCGUCCACAACGUCAACGUGUCCACAGAGACGGCCGAGAUAGACGGGAGCGGCAGGGCGGGCUGCGCGCUGGUCCACUCGGAGGGAACCCUGUCGGAACGAGGGUUGGAAAUGACGGUUGUGAACAAGAAAGGUAGCAGCGGGGAGGAGUCCGAAAAGGUCAGCUCAAUGGCAGCCUCGGUGUGUCAAGCGUGGGACAACUAAGUGUGCACAAUGCAGCCUGGGAAGAAGAAAAAAAAAAACAUAAGCAAAGCCAUAGUGUGUUGGAAUGUGGCCUCGAGGAAGAAACUAUUAUUAUGUUAAAGGUGGUAACUGUUUAGACGGGUGGUUAAACAUUUCAACCCUGGUUCUGGGCUUGGCCUCACGCUCAUUUCCAUCAAGGACAGCACAGAUUAUGCCACUAGAGCGUGGGAUUAUUUUAUAUUUGGGAAAUAUUCCAUGCAUAUCAUACAUCUCAUUGUUUUGGGCUAUGCUUAUUAGGUGAAUUCGGUCAGCCAUGUGCAGUUAGUGGUUUAAAUGUUCCUAUUUUACUUUGACCAUAUUUUAUUGGUCCAUCUUUUUCUCCCCUCUAUGGAGAAGACGUUGCCCAUAAAAUAGAUGUUGACAUGUUGACUUUUUGAAUAGCCCAUCAAAACCCAUUCACUGUAAAUUCACAUUGUAAACCUGAAAGGAAACACAAACAACGUGAACCAUUUGAAUACGGCAGGAGAGGGAAAACCGACAACUGUUUUUCUCACAUGACAUCCCAUCAUCACCCAUCACAUUUCAGCGCCCUUCAA